AUGGACCUACUGGCAGGGAUUUCCGCCGGGACGGUCACUACGCUCGUGAUGCAUCCAUUGGAUCUCGCGAAAGUGCGAAUGCAAGUGGGACGCAGUCGCACACUAGGCCAGGCGGUCGGUGAACUGCUGGGCCACCCGCGGGACGCCUACCGCGGAAUUGCUCCAAAUCUUAUCGGAAACGCCGCCGGGUGGGGGGUCUACUUUUACCUUUAUCGCCAGGCCAAAAAUGCGCUGGACGCAUACGGCAUCCAAAAGACCCCUCUGACAUUACUAUCUGCGUCGUUUUCUACUGGCGUGCUGACCCAGACCCUCACGAACCCGAUAUGGGUCGUAAAAACUGUCAUGCUAGCGUCCAAGCGCAGUGACGCCAAUGCUGCACAAACAAGCUGGUCCGCGGCAAGGCAAAUAUAUAAGUGUGAUGGCCCUCGAGGCUUCUUUCGCGGCUUGAUCCCCGGGUUUGGUGGGACGGCUCAAUCCGCUAUUCACUUUGUGCUUUAUGACCUGAUCAAACCCCAUAUAUCCACCGAUCUGCCUGAUCCAGUCAGAUACAUUACAAGUUCCUUUUUUUCAAAGUCAAUUGCUGCUGUUCUGAUGUAUCCGCACCAGGUUCUCCGGGCAGAAAUGCAGUUCAAGCGCAUUGGCCUCGUCGAGGCAUUUCGCCUAGUGUACCAGGAGAACGGAUUCAAGGCAUUCUAUCGUGGGUUGUCGGCUAAUUUAUUAAGAGUUGUUCCUGCUGUUUGUUUGACGAUGGCAACAUAUGAGACCACAUUAGAUUUAUUAGGUGGAAAUAAAUAG